AUGAGCUUCCUUGCCGAUCGCUCCCCUAUCUUCCGGGACAUGUUCCUUAUCCCUCAGCCUCCGCCAUCGACAGCGACGACGGAAGCAGACUCGGUGGCUCCGCGAGUCGUCGAGCUUCCCGACUGCACAGAGGACGUGUACGAUCUACUUCGAGUGCUCGUCCCGGCCGGGGCUGCGUCGAGACCAUUCUCGUCCCACAUCAUACCAACAUUCGACACUAUCUCCGCAUGUAUCCGCCUGGGACACAAGUAUCAGAUCGACGACAUCGUCGAAGCGGGCGUCGGCUACCUCCGCGACUUCUUCCCGCGCAGCCUCGACGCGUACCGCGAGAUCGUCAGCCCCGCCGGCCCCCCAGCGUUCGAGCGCGUGCACGCCAUCGGCGUCGUGAACCUUGCGCGCCUCACGGGGGCGUCCGAGGUCCUCCCGACCGCGAUCAUGAAGUGCGCCUCGCUCCCCGGCUCGCAGCUCAUCGCGGGCUUCCGGCGCCGGGACGGCACGCAUGAAACACUGUCCGAGCACGAUCUCGCGCUGUGCGUAGAUGCGCAGCGCGCGCUCAUGCGGGAGCAUGUCUGGCACGCCAUCGAGCUCUCUGCCCCGUUCGUCAACGGGAACUGCGUCGACCGCGCUCGCGGCUCCUCCUCGGGCACGCGGCUCUGCGUGCACGUGGCGAAGCUCGUGGCCGCGGAGCGCGCUGGGGAGGCGACGGCCGCGAACGUGUUUGAGGAGCGAGAUUGGCCGCGCGAGGGUGCUGGGGAUCUGGGGGUGGUUGUACGCGGGGGCGGUAGUCGUCUGUGCGCGAGUUGCGUUGAGGUGUUGCGGAGGAUGGAAGCGAGGUGCAUGCAGGAUACUUGGAAUCGCCUGCCUGAGAUCGUUGGGGUGCCUCUUAAAGGUUGGGGGCGGAAAUCGUUGAAAGGGGUGUAA